UGAACUGACUUGAGAGUGGGAGGGGCAGAUCUGUGAAAAGUCACUCUCCGUCUCAAAACCAAGUUCCCAGAGGUGGCACUCAAAAGGCGCUCUCCCUCACUAGGAGCCCUGCCUUCCGAGCCUGGCCCCUUGCCAGCUGGGAGGAGGCGGGGACUGCUCCAGGCCACGCCCCACUCUCCCAGAGGCCAAGGGCGCAGCUCCUACACUUCCCUGUGCUGCUGAGUUCUGCACCAGUCCUGUAGAGGUGAUCCAGAGUCAGGAUGACUGUGCUCUCUAAGGAAUACGGUUUUGUGGUUCUGACCGGCGCUGCCAGCUUCAUAAUGGUCGGGCAUCUAGCCAUCAACGUCUCCAAGGCCCGCAAGAAGUACAAAGUGGAGUAUCCUACCAUGUACAGCACGGACCCUGAAAACGGACACCUCUUCAACUGCAUUCAGCGAGCCCACCAGAACACGUUGGAAGUGUAUCCGCCCUUCUUAUUUUUUCUAGCCGUUGGAGGUAUUUACCACCCGCGUAUAGUUUCUGGCUUGGGCUUGGCCUGGAUUGUUGGACGAGUUCUUUAUGCUUAUGGCUAUUACACAGGAGAACCCAGCAAGCGGAGUCGGGGAGCACUGGGCUCCAUUGCCCUCAUUGGCCUCAUGGGCACCACUGUGUACUCUGCCUUCCAGCAUCUUGGUUGGGUUAAAACCGGCUUGGGCUGUAAGUCCAAGUGCCAUUAGAAAAGUAUAGGGUGUUUGAAAACUCUCAUUCAUUUCGAGUGACUUACUUUUAUUUCCAGUUACUUUUUUUCCCCUAAAUAUAAUAAAAACUUAACUGGCCUCGGCCUCAUACCUAA